AUGAAUGAAGGCACAAUCAUUGAAUCAAGAAAUGUUGAUGAUAGAUUUCCCUAUAAAGAAAAAUCAGCAACGAGUUCUAACAAAAGAACAUAUGAAACUGCUAAUGAUGGGUUUCAAAGUGAUGAUGAACCUAGACGAAGUACUAGGGCAAAAAUUGCUAAGUCCUUUGGACCGGAAUUCCUAACAUAUACUAUGGAAAAUGAUCCAAGGACCAUAAAAGAAGCUUUAUCCACUCCCGAAGCGCCGCUUCGGAAAGAAGCAAUCAAUAGUGAAAUUGAUUCAAUUAUGCAAAAUCAUACGUGGGUAUUGGUUGAUCUACCUCCGGGAAAUAAACCGUUGGGCUGUAAAUGGAUUCUCAAAAGAAAGUACAAAGCCGAUGGCUCGAUUGAUAAAUACAAGGUAAGAUUAGUAGUCAAAGGAUUUAGACAAAAGGAAGGUCUAGAUUUCUUUGAUACUUAUUCGCCCGUAACGAGAAUCACAUCAAUUAGAGUACUUCUAGCAAUUGCUGCCUUGCACAAUCUAGAAGUUCACCAAAUGGACGUUAAGACAACCUUUUUAAAUGGUGAAUUAGAAGAAGAAAUAUACAUGGAACAACCCAAAGGGAUUGUUGCUCAUGGACAAGAGUCCAAAGUAUGUAAACUUGUGAAGUCACUUUAUGGACUAAAACAAGCUCCCAAGCAAUGGCAUGAAAAAUUUGAUAGAACAAUACUAGCAAAUGGGUUUAAAAUAAAUGAGUGUGAUAAAUGUGUAUACAUUAAAAACACACCAAAUGAAUUUGUGCUUAUAUGUCUCUCUGUGGAUGACAUGUUAAUUAUGGGCAGUAAUCACGAGAUAAUCGUGAAAACUAAGAAAAUGUUAUCGACACAUUUUGACAUGAAAGAUAUGGGUCUAGCCGAUGUAAUUUUGGGAGUGAAAAUUAUCAAAAAUGAAAAUGGACUAGUUUUUACUCAAUCUCAUUAUAUUGAGAAAGUACUACGAAAAUUUAAAAUGUUUGAUAGUCCACCUGCUACGAUCCCAAUCGAUUUGAAAAUUCACUUAGCCAAAAAUUGUGGAGAACCAGUGGAUCAACUGAAAUAUUCUCAAAUUAUAGGCAGUCUAAUGUACGUCAUGAAUUGCACUCGUCCGGACAUUGCUCAUUCGGUUAGUAAAUUAAGUAGAUUUACAAGCAAUCCUAGAAAUGACCAUUGGAAUGCAUUAACUAGAGUACUUAGAUACUUGAAAUAUACUCUAGAUCUUGGUUUGCAUUAUACAAGAUAUCCAUCUGUACUAGAAGGCUACAGUGAUGCGAAUUGGAUAUCCGAUACUAAAGAUUAUAAAUCCACAAGUGGUUAUGUUUUCACUAUAGGUGGAGCUGCUGUGUCAUGGAAAUCUACAAAGCAAACAUGUAUAGCUCGAUCCACAAUGGAGUCGGAGUUCAUAGCUUUAGAUAAAAUUGGAGCAGAAGCGGAAUGGCCUCGUAAUUUCCUAGAAGAUAUUCCGUGUUGGAAUAAACCAGUGCCGACAAUAUUGAUUCAUUGCGAUAGUCAAUCAGCAAUUGGAAGGGCACAAAGCAGCAUGUAUAAUGGUAAGUCUAGACACAUUCGUCGCCGACAUAAUACCAUAAGGCAAUUGAUCUCAAAUGGAAUAAUUUCUAUAGACUAUGUAAAGUUUAAAGACAACUUAGCAGAUCCGUUGACUACAGAUUUACCAAGAGAUCAACUACAAUGUGGUCCUUUGAGCAACGAGACACUAGUGAAUAAGGUAUUGAGAACUCUUCCAGAAAGGUUCAGCAUGACGGUUACUGCUAUUGAGGAGGCUAAAGAUACAUCAUCUCUACGGCUGGACGAAUUAAUAGGAAGUCUCAACUACAUUGAGCCCGGCGACGAGCUGAACCCGAUUGACCCAGACAACUUUGAUUUUGUGGGUCCCUCUUCCACCGCCGGAAGAUUUCCAACGCGCCGGUCAAAGCGCACGAACCCUUUUCCAGAUCUGAACACUGCGGUGCCUCAACGCCGAAGAGGAGAAAACUCUCCCCGGAGAGGAAGCAGAGGUGGAAGAAGAGGAAGCAGAGGUGGCCGCACUCCAGUCCAGUCAAACCCACGAAGAGGUCUUCAUCUGGUAGAUGAAGAAACUGAUGACGAAGCAGGGGAUCCUACCUUUGCUGCACCACAGGCUCAAGCCUUGUCCUCCAGCUCCUCUGAGUCUUCAUCCAACAACUCACCUUCCCCAGCAUCAACUCAGGGGGAGACGUCGCAGCCCAGCAUGGCAAUAGCAGCCUCUCAACAUUCUGUUCCUGAAGGUGUUGCUGCACAUGCUCCAGAAGAUGCUGCUGCACCUACUGUUUCAGCAAAUGUUUCUCAGAAUGCUGCUGAGGAUGCUGCCCCUUAUCAGGAUGAAGAAAUGCCUGACUUCUCUGGAAUGUCAUCAGCAGAGCAUGUAGACAUUCCAUUUGUCGAUGCUCAGGAGUUCACCACUACAGAAGAAACUCCAUCAGAACCUCAGGGAGAUCCUCUGGAAACCCUGGCAGAAGCAGCAGCUCAAGCAGAUACAAUUCCUCCUCAGGCUGAAGAAUCAGAGAAAAGUGAAGACAGUUGGGAGGUUCCACUAGCUACUUUUCGCAAAAACUUGUCCUCUUCUGAUUCCGAAAGUGAAUCCUCUGAAGACUCUUCUCAGCAGGAAGAAGGUGUUGCCCCACGUGCUGCAUCACCUGAACCAGCAUAUGUUCCUGAUGAGCUUGAAGAUUCAGAAGAUGAUGAUUCCUCAGAAGAAGAAGAACCAGACCUGGAUGGGAAGAACUUGUCAACCCCUUUUGAGGUAACAAAUGCUUUCAGUACUAAUUUCUAUUUUGAGUCUGAUUCACUGUUGAGUCCUCAAGUCAUGAAUUGUCAUUUCAUUGAGGAGAAGAAAAUUUCUAAGGAAGAAUUUGAUAAGCAUAGGAUAACAGCUUUUCUUCACCAAAGAAAAAUCCUUAACCUAGUUGAGAUUGCCUGCUCUUAUGAUCCCUUGGUUGUGAAAGAACUCACAGUGGCUAAUUGGAUUCCAUCCAAAAAUGUCUCUGUGGUAACUAAGCCUCAUGCUGUACUCAUGUACAAAUUGGGGAUGGGUUUACCAGUGGAUUUUGGCAAACUGUUCUUUGAUACUAUUGGUCAUCUUGCCCAGAAAAUUUCACCCUCCACUCACCUUCCCUAUCCUUCUCUCAUCUAUUCCAUCUUACUUUCUCAAAACUUGGGCCAAGAUGACUCAGAAUAUCUUCACACCCCACAAGGUCAAAAUAACAUUGGUACUGAGGGUGUUGCACCUCAUGUUGACAACACUUCUAACCUUCUUGUGUCUGUUCCUAGAGAUCUUCUAUUGCAGCAGCUUACUCAUUCUCUAGCUCAGAUUACCUAUCAUCAGUCCAUGGUGGAGAUGAUUCAGAAGGCUCUUUCUGAUCAAAAAGGGGGAGAAAAAGAUCAUGAAACUGAAGCAGGAACAUCUCAUCCCUUGGAUGCUAGAGGCAGAGAGCAAGGAGUCAAUGAAGAGGAGGCAAAGAAAGAGGGGGAAGCUCAAGAAGAAAGCAGUGGAUCUAGUGAUGGAGGAGGAGCAGCAGCUGAAACUGAGGAGACCUUGGAGACUUUGGAUAUUUUACUUUAG